AUGCUUUCUGUGUAUGGACUCCUAGUCCCUGUCUCAGCCAUGGAGUUGCUCCUGACUGCUACUGUCUUCUGCCUGGUGCUAUGGGUGGUCAGAGCCUCAAGGCACCAGGUCCCCAAAGGUCUCAAGAGUCCACCAGGACCCUGGGGCUGGCCCCUGAUUGGGCACGUGUUUACCCUGGGGAAGAACCCACACCUGACACUGGCCAAGCUGAGCCAGCACUAUGGGGAUGUGCUGCAGAUUCGAAUUGGCUCCACACCCGUGGUGGUACUGAGUGGCCUGGACACCAUCCGGCAGGCCCUAGUGAAGCAGGGGGAUGAUUUCAAGGGCCGGCCAGACCUCUACAGCUUCACUUUAGUUGGCAAUGGUGAUAGCAUGACCUUCAACCCAGACAGUGGGCCAGUGUGGGUUGCCCGCAGGCGCCUGGCCCAGAAUGCCCUGAAGAGUUUCUCCACUGCCUUGAGCCCAGCUUCUGCAUCCUCUUGCUACUUGGAGGAGCAUGUGACCAAGGAGGCUGAGUCCCUAAUCAGCAAGUUUCAGCAGGUGAUGGCAGAGGCUGGGCACUUCGACCCCUGCAGAUAUGUGGUGGUGUCAGUGACCAACAUCAUCUGUGCCAUGUGUUUUGGUCAGCGCUAUGACCACGAUGACCAAGAGUUGUUUAGUUUAGUCAGCCUGAGUCAUGAGUUUGGGGAGGUGACUGCCUCUGGAUUCCCAGCCGACUUCAUCCCUAUCCUCCGCUACUUGCCCAACCCUUCCCUGAAAGUCUUCAAGGACCUGAAUGAGAAAUUCUACAGGUUCGUGCAGAAGAUAAUCAAGGAUCACUACAGAACAUAUGAGAAGGGCCACAUCCGGGACAUCACAGACAGCCUCAUUGAGCACUGUCAGGAAAAGAGGCUGGAUGAGAAUGCCAAUAUUCAGCUCCCAGAUGAGAAGAUCAUUGCUAUUACCUUGGACCUCUUUGGGGCUGGGUUUGACACAGUCACCACUGCCAUCUCCUGGAGCCUCAUGUACCUGGUAACGAAUCCUAGCAUACAAAGAAAGAUCCAGAAGGAGCUGGACACGGUGAUUGGCCGGGAGCGGAGGCCUCGGCUCUCUGACAGAUCCCAGCUGCCCUAUCUGGAGGCCUUCAUCCUGGAGCUCUUCCGACACACCUCCUUCGUCCCCUUCACCAUCCCCCACAGCACCACAAAAGACACAAGUGUGAAUGGCUUUUACAUCCCCAAGGGGCGCUGUAUCUUUGUGAACCAGUGGCAGAUCAACCAUGACCAGAAGCUGUGGGGUGACCCAUCAGAGUUCCGGCCUGAGCGGUUUCUCACCCCUGAUGGCACUCUAGACAAGUCCCUGAGUGAGAAGGUCAUUCUCUUUGGCCUGGGCAAGCGGAAGUGCAUUGGGGAGAACAUUGGUCGCCUGGAGGUCUUUCUCUUCCUUGCCAUCCUGCUGCAGCAGGUAGAAUUCAGUGUACUCCCAGGCAAGAAGGUAGACAUGACCCCCAUCUAUGGGCUAAGUGUAAAGCAUCCUCCCUGUGAGUACUUCCAAACACAGCUGCGCUUUUCUGGGCCUGAGUGCCCUAGAGCAUAG